AGACCUCAUUCCAGCACUCUUGGGUGUGUUUAAGGGCAGAUAACUAUCAUAGUCGCAGGCUUGCUUGGUACUGCACCAGGAUCUGUUCUAGUUCAGCGGUACCAGCUGAAGGACAUGAGGCUCUACAGAAAUACUCCCAACUCUUGGUGGUUUUACUUUUCUCUGGGAGUGGUUCUCCCUUGGGAUGUUAAAGAGGAACUAUAAUUAGUGCUUACUGUAGAAGAAGCCAAGACACAGGACAAUGUUUUCUCUCAACAUUAGAGCGCUGUGAUGUGUGGGUGCAAGGCCCUGGGUCCAAGCACAGCUUGUCAGAGGACCCCUGCCAACCGUGCACGUCUCAAGUGAGAAGGUAACCAUGUAAGGGGAAUGACAUGUUGUUAUUGUACCAAACGUGUGUUUCUAACAGGAAAAAGGUGGUUCUGUUGCAGGCAGCUGUUUUAGCACAUGGCAUAGUGCCUAAAGCUACCAGCCGCAGUGUUGCUGCAAGCAUUGUAACUCUUCAUUACGUGCGGUCGAAGUAGGGCUGGUGGCAGUGGUUCUCCUCACCCCACCCAAAACUAAAGCUCAAGCCAGCUUGGUAUGAAAGAGAAGUGGACGAGCAAACAAGAAGAGAACAAGGAAUCAGUUACAUCUGCCAGCACUGUGGAAAUUUUCACUGAGGAAGCAGGAGAGAAGAGACUCAAGAUCCUGUGUUGGAGAAGAGCACUUCACUGACCCAGCAGACAGGCAGCAGGGAAGAAUCAUGACCAAGAUGAACUGCAUCCUGGUGACUGCCUGCAUUGUCCUGGUUGCUUUUUGUAGUUCUGGUUAUGCCUUAAGGUGUUACCACUGCGAGAACAGCCCUUCCUUGUGCAAGACCAAUAGUACUUGCUUAGCAACUGAAGAUACUUGCUUGCAGAUGAAAUUUGGUAAAUUGAGAACCUCCUCCUGCUGGAAGGCAUCCCAGUGCAGUAUGAAUGAUAUUGCUGAAUUCUUCCAGUUGGAUAAUUUUGAUUUCUUUUGCUGCCAACACGACUUGUGCAAUGAGGGUGCAAUUCUUGGGCUUAACAAAGCAGCCUUCAGUAUUGCCUCUGUACUGACCAUGUUCUGGAUGCUCCUGUAACAAUCCUCAUUUCUAUGCUGUACUUUCAAGCUGAAAUUACACUAAAUCAUUCACUCUUUUCUGAAUUGUACUUCUCCCAUUUGCAGUUCUUAAAAGUGGGCAGAAACAUUCCCUUUUAAUUUUAAAUGCUCUUUCCUAAGAUUCCAUCUGUUAAAUCACUGUCUUUAUUCAUGGGAAGGAGAUUUAGAUUGUUACCAGUUACAGGGAAUUUGGGUAUUUUUUGGCCUGCCCUAUUCAUAGGGGAAAUCACUUGUUAUGAAUAGUGUUAUCUCAUGGAGAACCUGGGUAAACUUCAGUGGGUGAUGUGAGAGGGAAGGAAUGCUCUUAAGUUUUGUGCUGGAAAACUGUCAUUUCUUAGUAUCCCUAAGGGCAAAUCCACUACAAUAAAUUGUAAUUAUUGUAGUGGAUUUGCCCUCAGCACAGGAAGUGUUGGAUCAUUAAGUAUAAACUUGCUGCAGUCUUCAUGAUGAGGAUGGGAAUGUUUAGUUUCAAGUGAUGUAGGCUCUUUGUUCCUGUCACUGUAACGUUUUUACAAGCCAAUGAUACGACCUUGUGAGUACUGUUAUUUUGGGAGAAAGCAUCUACAUUUCUUAAACCAAAACCAAAAUAAUGCUGUAAGUGAGAAACACUCUUUUUCUAUUUCGGUAAGCAUGCAGACAACAUGUGCCAGCUUCUUUUAGUUGGGUUUUUCCCCCCUCUUAUACUUUAUCCAUGUCUAAGAUUUUAACUAAGCGUGUGCUUUGCAUACUUAUCGGUACACUGAAAAUGAUUUAUAAAAUGCUAAGGAAUUCAAGUGGCAGAUCUAGUUGAUUUUCCCACACAUAACCCUUCAAGCUCCCACCUAAGAGUAUUAAACAGAACCUUGCAGAACUUUCUGUUUUGACUUUUAUGCAACACUAUAAAUGCCAAUGCAAACUCAACAUGUAUUUAUACAGCAUGAAUAAAACCCGCUCAGUUUGUAUGUGUAAGGGGUCUGGAGCUGAAAUACUCUCUACAUUGCUCUGCCUCAGAGGUGGAGACAGAGCUUUGAUACUCCUCUGGUGUUUAGGGACCCUCUCAAUCAGGUACAAUGCCAGCUUCUCCUUUUCCUCUUCUGGAGCUCCUGGCAUGUCCCUGCAGGAGUUGUGGUCCAUUCCCAGUGGGAUAUUCUCUUCCUGAGGACCCUCACUUGUGCUGUGCAGGGUGCCACAACACCGGUUCAUCCAGUCAUAGCAAGGGUGUUACUCCAAAUCCACAAUGUAUUCUGCAGUGUAUCUUUUGGUUAAGCUUCUGUUAGCUAUGAAAGUAUUCUGGGCUAUCUCUGAUCACUCAAAAUACAUACAUCAUCCUGUCUUUGAUUAAUAAAAAUGUGAAAAAAGAAAA